UACCAGUACUGGCCGGUGCUGGUGCCCCGUGGCAUCCGACUCUACACCUACGAGCAGAUCCCCGUCUUCCUGAAGGACAACCCCUAUAUCACCGACGGCUACCGGGCCUACCUGCCCUCCCGCCUCUGCCUCAAGAGCCUCUUCAUCCUCUCCAACGAGACCGUCAACAUCUGGAGCCACCUGCUUGGCUUCGUCCUUUUCUUCACGCUAGGAAUCUAUGACCUGACGGCUUUCAGACCUUAAGCUUCUUGUAGUCCUUCUUAAUAUUUGAGACUUUAAUGCAUCCUUUUUUGAACCUUUGCCUAGGUGUGCAUGCUUUGCUCAGUAGGAUAUCAUCUUUUCUGUUGUCACCGCUCGGAGAAGACCAGCCGGCGAUGGAUGGCAUUAGAUUAUGCAGGAAUUUCCAUCGGGAUCCUGGGCUGCUAUGUGUCAGGCGUCUUUUAUGCGUUUUACUGUAAUAACUACUGGCGUCAAGUAUAUUUAAUCACUGUGCUGGCAAUGAUCUUGGCAGUAUUUUUUGCUCAGAUUCAUCCCAGUUACCUCACGCAACAGUGGCGCAGACUUCGCUCCAUCAUCUUCUGCUCCGUGUCUGGAUACGGAAUCAUUCCCACCAUCCACUGGGUUUGGCUCAAUGGUGGCAUUGGUGCAUCUAUUGUACAGGAGUUUGCUCCGCGUAUAGUUGUCAUGUACUUCAUCGCUGCUGUAGCUUUUCUCUUCUAUAUUUCCAAAGUUCCAGAAAGAUACUUCCCAGGCCAGCUGAACUACCUCGGCUCGAGUCACCAACUGUGGCAUAUCCUUGCAGUGGUGAUGCUGUACUGGUGGCAUCAGUCCACAGUGUACAUCAUGCAAUACCGACACAGCCAGCCCUGUCCUGACUAUAGCCCAGGCUU